CUCCUGGUCCAACCCCCACCAUGGCCAACACCUGCUGCACGAGGACCUGUGUGAUCGCUGCAUCCACCACAUCUGUCUGUUCUAGCAAUCUGAGCUGCGGCAGCCGGAUCUGCCCUCCCAGCACCUGUACUGGUGCCUCCUGGCAGCUGGACAAUUGCCAGGAGAGCUACUGUGAGCCCCCAUGCUGUGCCCCAACCCCUUGCCUCCUCUGCACCCCAGUGAGUUGUGGGUCCAGUCCCUGCUGCCAGUCUAUCUGCAACAGCUGCUGCACACCCUCAUGCUGCCAGCAGUCUAGCUGCCAGCCAUCAUGCUGCACCUCCUCACCCUGCUGUGUGACUCUUUGCUGCAAGCCUAUCUGCUGCACACCCAUCUGCUCUGGAUCCUCCUCAUGCUGCCAGCAGUCUAGCUGCCAGCCCUCAUGCUGCCAACACUUCUGCUGUGUGCCUGUCUGCUGCAAGCCUGUCUGCUGCACACCCAUCUGCUCUGGAUCCUCAUCAUGCUGCCAGCAGUCUAGCUGCCAGCCCUCAUGCUGUCAGUCCUCCUGCUGUGUGCCUGUCUGCUGCAAGCCUGUGUGCUGCAAGCCCUGCUCCAGCAUGUCCCUGCUCUGCUGCCCUGUGUGCAGACCAGCCUGCUGUGGGCCCACCUCCUCCUGCUGUGCCUCCUCCUGCCAGCCCAGCUGCUGCAAGCCCUGCUCCAGCAUGUCCCUGCUCUGCCGCCCUGUGUGCUCCAGCCAGGCCUGCUGUGAUCUCUCCUCGGGACAGAAGUCCAGCUGCUGA